UUACUUUAGUUACAAAUUCGCUGUCUCCAACUCCCCCUCGUAUUCUCCCUCCCCCUUGACAUUGUCUCUCUAAUUUCCGCCCUCCCUCUCCCUCUCCCUCUCCCUCUCUCUACAUAACAAAUAUCUAUCGCUAUUCUCUCUAUAUCCCAGGGAUACAGACCUAAAUAUCUUUGUUUAUUGGGGUCUCUGGUUUCCCGGUGGUUGGUUCCAUGGCGCCGAGUUUCCGAGACGUCCAACUGACGUCAACGUUGGGGGCCAACGCCGGCGAUGACCUCGAGGAGGUACGGCUUUUGGAUGCAUACGAAAAAGAUGAUGUUGAGAAUUCCGGGAAACUGGCGGAGAAUUUGAAGAGAAUUCAGGUGAGAGUUACGGGGAUGACCUGUGCUGCGUGCUCGAACUCGGUGGAACAAGCUUUGAUGAGCGUGAACGGCGUCGUUAAAGCUUCCGUGGCUUUGCUCCAGAACAAAGCCGAUGUCGCCUUUGAUACUAGUUUGGUCAACGAUGAAGACAUUAAGAAUGCAGUAGAAGAUUCAGGAUUUGAAGCAGAGAUUCUACCUGAACCCAGUAUAUCUCACACUAAGUCACAUAAAACACUGCUAGGACAGUUCUCAAUAGGAGGUAUGACAUGUGCAGCUUGUGUGAAUUCCGUUGAAGGCAUUUUAAGAAAGCUUCCUGGUGUCAAAAGGGCGGUAGUUGCCUUGGCUACUUCUUUAGGAGAGGUCGAGUAUGAUCCUACUGCAAUUACUAAGAAUGAUAUAGUCAGUGCAAUUGAAGAUGCUGGUUUUGAAGCUUCACUUGUACAGAGCAGUGAGCAGGAUAAAAUGAUACUAGAGGUUACUGGAAUAUCAAGUGAGCUGGAUGCACAGGUUUUAGAAGGUAUACUUUCCAACUUGAGGGGAGUCAGACAAUUUCGUUUUGACAGGAUAUCAAGUGAAUUAGAAGUUCUCUUUGAUACUGAGGUCCUUGGUUCUAGAUCGUUAAUUGAUGGCAUUGAGGGAGAAAGCUUUGGGAAGUUUAAAUUACUUGUCAAGAACCCUUAUACCAGAAUGGCUUCUAAAGAUUUUGAAGAAUCCUCAAAGAUGUUUCGGCUUUUCACUGCUAGCUUGUUUCUCAGUAUUCCUGUCUUUCUCAUGCGAUUUGUUUGCCCUAGCAUACCUUUGUUGUAUUCCUUAUUGCUCCGUCGAUGUGGACCAUUCCAAAUGGGUGAUUGGUUGAAGUGGGCAUUGGUGACUAUCGUUCAAUUUGUUAUUGGGAAGCGUUUUUAUGUCGCAGCUGGCAGAGCACUUCGAAAUGGUUCAACAAACAUGGAUGUCUUGGUUGCAUUGGGAACUUCAGCCUCUUACUUUUACUCUGUGUAUGCUCUACUCUAUGGUGCAGUCACUGGUUUUUGGUCUCCAACAUACUUUGAAACAAGUGCAAUGCUUAUAACAUUUGUGCUAUUGGGGAAAUACUUGGAAACUCUUGCUAAGGGGAAAACAUCAGAUGCUAUCAAGAAGUUAGUAGAACUUGCACCGGCAACAGCUUUGUUACUCGUCAAAGACAAAGGUGGAAACAAUACCAGAGAAAGGGAAAUAGAUGCUUUGCUGAUUCAGCCUGGUGACAUACUCAAAGUUCUUCCUGGUACCAAGAUUCCUGCUGAUGGUAUGGCUGUUUGGGGUUCAAGUUAUGUUAACGAGAGUAUGGUAACUGGUGAAUCUGCACCUGUUUUGAAGGAGGUCAAUUCAUCAGUUAUUGGAGGUACAAUGAAUUUACAUGGUGCUCUUCACAUACAAGCCACCAAAGUAGGUUCUGACACAGUUUUGAGCCAGAUAAUUUGUCUGGUUGAAACUGCACAGAUGUCCAAAGCUCCCAUUCAGAAGUUUGCUGAUUAUGUUGCAAGCAUUUUUGUCCCUACAGUCGUAGUUAUGUCCUUGUUGACUUUAUUUGGGUGGUAUAUCGGUGGAGUUCUUGGAGCUUACCCAGAACAAUGGCUACCUGAAAAUGGCAAUUACUUUGUUUUUGCCCUCAUGUUUUCAAUAUCAGUUGUAGUCAUUGCAUGUCCAUGUGCACUUGGCUUGGCCACCCCUACGGCUGUCAUGGUUUCAACAGGGGUGGGAGCUAAUAAUGGUGUGCUCAUAAAAGGAGGUGAUGCAUUGGAGAGGGCUCAGAUGGUUAAGUAUAUUGUAUUUGAUAAAACAGGCACCCUGACGCAGGGGAAAGCCACAGUUACAACUGCAAAAGUUUUCUCAGGAAUGGAUCGUGGAGAAUUCCUUACACUGGUAGCAUCUGCAGAGGCUAGCAGUGAACAUCCCUUGGCGAAAGCAAUUCUGGAAUAUGCCCGCCAUUUCCAUUUCUUUGAUGAGCCUUCCGCGAUUGAGGAUGCUCAGAACCAUGAGAAAAAUCCCAAAUUCUCUGGAUGGCUUCUUGAUGUCUCGGAGUUCUCUGCUGUACCUGGUAGAGGGGUACAGUGCUUUAUCAAUGGAAAACGGGUUUUGGUUGGUAAUCGGAGGCUGCUGACUGAAAAUGGUGUCGCUAUCUCAACCAAUGUGGAAAGUUUUGUGGUUGAGUUGGAAGAAAGUGCAAAGACUGGCAUACUAGUGGCAUAUGAUAUAGCCCUAAUUGGUGUUUUGGGGGUAGCGGAUCCACUAAAGAGAGAAGCUGCAGUAGUUGUGGAAGGUCUUAGGAAAAUGGGUGUCAGAACUGUCAUGGUUACAGGGGACAAUUGGAGGACAGCUCAGGCUGUUGCUAAGGAGGUUGGCAUUCAAGAUGUAAGGGCAGAGGUAAUGCCAGCAGGAAAGGCUGAGGUCAUCCAUUCAUUUCAAAAGGAUGGAAGUGUGGUUGCAAUGGUGGGGGAUGGCAUCAAUGACUCCCCCGCCUUAGCUGCUGCUGAUGUUGGUAUGGCAAUUGGGGCAGGUACAGAUAUUGCAAUAGAAGCUGCUGAUUACGUGUUGAUGAGGAGUAAUUUAGAAGAUGUAAUAACGGCCAUUGACCUCUCACGAAAGACAUUUUCUCGUAUUCGAUUGAAUUAUGUGUUUGCCAUGGCUUAUAAUGUGAUCGCAAUCCCUGUUGCUGCUGGGGUCUUUUUUCCUUGGGUAAAGGUCAAGUUGCCGCCAUGGGCAGCUGGUGCAUGCAUGGCUCUCUCAUCUGUAAGUGUUGUGUGCUCUUCUUUGCUUCUUAGGAGAUACAGAAGACCCAGACUUACCACUAUACUAGAAAUUACUGUAGAGUAGACCUCAAACUUGAUAUCCCCGCCCCCAAUGUAGGUGGGGUGGGGGCAGGAAGAAAGGGAUGGAACCAGGUAGCAAUUUCACAGAAAUAAAAUUGAAAUGUGUAAUGUGGGAGUGAAUGAGACCUGGUGUUCCAAUUUUGUGUAUUUCUUUGUUAUUAUAAUUUUUUGACUUUGUAUACGUCCGGGGGAUGCAGUUGUGUCACCCCUUUCAAUGUAAAUGCUGUCGCUUGUAUCCUUUCUUUGUCAAAGUUUGUAGAAGUUACGCCUUUGUUAAUGAAGAGAAUCAUGUGUG